CUGGAAGCUCUACAGAGUCCGCAUUUUCGUGAAGCAAUAGCUUGUACAGCGAAUGCGAAAUUCAUCGAAGACCAGCAACUAUUGCAAUGGCAGUAUUAUACACGAAAAAGACAACGAUUACAUGGACCAUAUUUUGUCAACUAUUUGAAAUAUCUUUUGUACUGGAAGAGACCGGAAUACGCGAAGUUUUUUUUUCAGCAGUACACAACAGCAGAGGAUGAUGACGAACAGCAGCAGCAGCAACAGCAGGAGAAAAAGCCGCCAACUUCAGCAGCUCCUUAA